AUGAAGCGCUUCUUCUCCUGCUCCAGCUCAAAGGUGGCGGUGGAGCGAUGGAACCGCCGUGAUCAGAAGCUGCUGGAGGCCGUGCAGCGGGGGGACGUGGGGCGCGUGGCCGCCCUGGCCUCCAGGAAGUCUUCCCGACCCACCAAGCUGAACUCCAACGGCCAGUCCCCGUUUCACCUGGCAGCCUCCAAGGGCCUGACGGAAUGUCUGACUAUCCUGCUUGCAAAUGGGGCCGAAAUCAACAGCCAGAAUGAGGACGGAAGCACCGCCCUGCACUUGGCCACCAUCUCCUGCCAGCCGCAGUGUGUCAAGGUCCUGCUCCAGCACGGUGCCAAUGAAGAUGCUGUGGACGCAGAAAACCGGAGUCCUCUGCACUGGGCAGCUUCCUCGGGCUGUGCCUCGAGUGUGCUGCUGCUGUGUGACCAUGAAGCCUUCCUGGAUGUGCUGGAUAACGACGGACGCACACCCCUAAUGAUCGCCUCGCUGGGCGGGCACGCAGCUAUCUGCUCACAGCUGCUGCAGAGGGGCGCCCGGGUCAAUGUCACGGACAAGGAUGACAAGUCGGCUCUGAUCAUGGCCUGUGAGAAAGGCAGCGCCGAGGUGGCGGAGCUGCUCCUGAGCCACGGGGCAGACGUGGGGAUGGUGGACCACGCGGGCCACGACGCCAUGUACUACUGCCAGUGCUCACAGGACAAGGCGCUGCGCAAGCUGGUGCAGAGGGCCCUGAGCUGGCGGCGGGGAGGUCAGGGGCUGGUUCCACACCCAGAUGCUGUGUCUAAGGCCUCUCCGUCUGAGCCUCCGGUGGGCUCUCUGCCCCGGAGCCCUGGGGGAGCAGAGCCUGCGGCGGAGCAGAAAGGGGAGCAUGAGGACGCGUGCCCGGAGGAGUGGAGGCGGAAGUAUGAAGAGGAGCAGAAGAAGGUGUCUCAGUUGGAGCAGGAGCUGGUGCGAAAGACAGAAGCGUGCGAGGAUCAAGCCGCAGCCUACCUGGGCCUGGCGAACCAGAUCCGAGAGCAGGUGCAGGAGCUGGGGCUACUGCUCUUCCAGGAGCCCAGAGCUCCCGACGGGCCGAGUCCCAGUGUCCGUCCUGGAGGGGAUGGCAUGGAGCAGGCCUCCCCGCUGGACUUGCUGGCUGAGGGCGUCCGAGAGCUAAAGAAGCAGCAGCGGGCAGUGGCCGAAGCCGCAGCCACAGCCGCAGCCGCAGCCGCAGCCGCAGCCGCAGCCGCAGCCAGCCCAGGAUCAGCUCCCAAGAAGCCUGAGGAUUCAUCCCCCCGGGAGACAUACUAUGAAGCCCAUGGCAGGUCCCAACCACAACGGGGGCCACCCCAGGGCCCAACGUCUGGGAUUCCGGGGGAAGCCACAGGACAGCACCCGGCGCCUGGCGAUGGGCAGGCCCUCGGCCCCGAGCAUGCAGACCAGCCGCAGGCCGGCCAGAAGGAGCGGCCGAAGGCCCCGGGGGCGGAGAGGGCAGACACAGGGGCUGAAGCAGUGGGCACGGCAGCAGUGAACCAGCUGCUGCUCCAGCUGAGGGAGGAGCUGGCUGCCGUGUGGCGGGAAAAGGAUGCCGCCCUGGGGGCUUUGUCAAGGCCGGUCCUGGAGCGAGUUCUGGGGGCGUCCCGGGCUGAGGCCACGGCGGCUGCCUGGGAGAAGAUGGAGGCCAGGCUGGAGCAGGUGCUGCUGAAGCUGGAUCGGGCCAAGGCGGGGCUGCAGGCGACACCUGGGACCCCUGCCCAGGAGUCCAGAGGGGGCGCCCCAAAGGCAGGCUCAGAAGCCAUCACGGAAGAGUGUGGAGAGAAGGAGACAGGGGCUCCUGGGACCCAGCCGGAGUCUGCGGGGACCCCUGGCAGGCUGCAGCCGCCCGGGGCAGGGCUGGUCAAGGGCACGCUGGAGAAGGAGGUGUCGGCCCUGAGACUGAGCAACAGCAGCUUGAUGGAGGAGCUGGGGGAGCUGGGUCGGGAGCGGCAGCGGCUGCAAGGGGAGCUGCAGUGCCUGAGCCAGCGGCUGCAGCGGGAGUUCGUGCCCCGGCCGGUGGCGCAGGUCCAGCUGCAGCAGCUGCGGAGGAGCGUGGGGCUGCUGACGGACGAGCUGGCCCUGGAGAAGGAGGCCACCGAGAAGCUGCGCAGGCACCUGGCGUCGCAGAGCAGCGGCCUCCGCGGCCUGUGGGACUGCCUGCCCCCAGACCUGGUAAGCAAGGCCAGUGCCCGCGGCGCCGGCCCCGAGCCCCUGCAGGAGCUGCAGGCCUGCAUCAGCGCCCUGGUGGCCCGGCACCGCGAGGCCCAGCAGGUGCUGGCGCGGCUGGAGGAGGACAACCAGCGGCUGCGGGGAGCCCCCGCCUCGCACCCGGAGCCCGGCACCUCCGCCAAGGGGCCGGCUGCCCCCGAAGUGGCGGCGCUGGAGCAGGACCUGGGGCAGCUGGAGGCGGAGCUGCGCGCCGUGCAGGCCUCGAUGCGCGGGAAGAGCCAGGAGAUCGGGAAGCUGAAGCAGCUGCUGUACCAGGCCACGGAGGAGGUGGCCGAGCUGCGCGCGCGGGAGGCGGCCAGCCUGCGGCAGCAGGAGCGGGCGCGCAGCUCGCAGGCGGCCCAGGCGCAGGCGUGCGGCCAGGAGCUGCGGGCGCUGCUGGACCAGUGCAGCGCCGCCUGCCGCCAGGCCGGCUGCCGCGGCGGGGACCCGGCGGCCCGGGCCCCGGAGCCGGAGCGCCAGGCCGGCGAGGCGCGCGGGUGCCAGGAGCAGUUCGAGCAGACGGUGGGGCUGCUGAGAGAGAAGAUGGAGCAUCUCGUCGGGGCGUGCCAGGACAAGGAGGCCAAGGUCAAGGAGUUGUUGAAGAAGGUGGAGCAGCUCUCAGAGGAGGUCCUAGCUGUUCGAGGAGAGAAUGCGCGCCUGGCCUCGCAGCUGCGGGAUUCUCAGAAGAACCAUGAAGAGAUCAUCGCUACCUAUAGAAACCAUCUGCUGAGUGCUGCUCAGGGCUACAUGGAACAAGACGUGUACAACAUCCUGCUGCGGAUCCUCAGCCGGCAGGAGAAGCGGGGCGGCGCAGGCCCCGAGGGGGCCGGGCUUCCUCUCCGGUGA